CACUGCCAAUUCCUCAACUCUAUCCACACAACAAAAUUUUAAAAAAUCCUCUGUUUUACCCUGUUUUUUUCUCUCUUUUCUAAAAAAAUCAGUUGAAAUGGGUAUUUGUACAUCAUCACCAUUGAUGACAAAACAAAAUGGAAGCAUAAUGAAUUUGCCAGUUACAAAAGUAGCCAUGGUGAUUCAGAUGAACGGAAAACUUCAAGAAUUCCGGCAACCCAUUACCGCCGGCGAGAUCGUUAUCCAAAACCCUGAUUUCUUCCUUUGUAGCUCAGAAGCCAUGAAUGUCAAUUCAUUAGUUCCUCAAUUAGCCAAAGAUGAAAUCUUGCAGCUUGGUCAGCUUUAUUUUCUUUUGCCGAUUUCUAAAUUACAAACCCCACUUUCACUUCAAGAUAUGUGUGUACUUGCUGUUAAAGCAAGCACAGCUCUUAAUGAUUACUGUAAUUUGUCCAAUAUAGUAACCGGGUCGUCAGGAAUAUUAACAAGAAAAUUCAAGAAAAUGCACGAUUGUCAUACUAAGGAUUUGAACCUGAGACUUGAAGUUUUCGAGUCACCUCUGCCACUACAGUACUAGAAGUUUUCUUUCGGGGAUUCAAAAUUUAUAUAUAUAUCAAUCAGUGUCAUAUGAUUUAAAAUGACCAAGGAUGUCGGAGGAAAAUUAUAUGUAAUUUUUUUCGAUUUAGUCAUUUGGUAUUCACAACUCACUUAUUAUUUACUAUGGACUUGUAUGGGUAGGCACGCUAAGGGAAAAUGCUUCCUUAUCCAGAAGUUUAUUAUCUCAA